ACACACACACACACACACACACAGAGAGCUGGGCAGACUUGAAAGUGUACCGUAAACAAUAGUAAAGACAAACAGAGGGGGCGGGGCUUCAGGGUGACUCAGUUUGUUCUGACACAGUGAGGAGGAGGUGACAAGCGGACUCAGAGUCUCAGAGACGCUCCGGCUGAUGGUCCGAGGGGAUCCUGGACUUUAAAGAACUCACAGGAUCACAUGUAGGACGCUGAGGCUGCAGCGGGAAAGCUCUCAGUGGACGGCGUGCAGAUGUCCAGCUGUGAGCUGCAGGACACGAUGAGACGUCUGGGCUCAAACUCAGAGGAGCAAUCGCGCCUCACUGCUGCCCUCUCCUGUCUGAAGAGUGAUAAUGAAACAGGUUCCUGCAGCUCGGAGCGCUCACAGGACAGAGAUGCCUUCUCUCCCAUCAGCCCCGCCUCCAGCGUCUUCAGCCCCGCCCUCCCCCUGCAGCCCACCACCAACCACGGCCGCUCCAUCUCCAUCUCAGUGGUGCCUUGCUCAGAGGAGCACCGGACGUACUUAUCAGCUGAGGAAAUGACGGACGCCUUCGCUCCUGAGCCGAGCAUGCCUCCGCCCGGACGAGCCUCAAAGUCACGCACUGCCAAGUCCUCCCAGACACCCCCACCGCCUUCACGCAAACUGCUGCAGCUUUUCCCCAACAUCAACCUGACCUGGAGUAAGAGUCACGAGUCGCAGCUGGCCAACCGCAUUGAGGAGCCCGCGGCUCACAAGGUCGGGAGGAAGAACAAGGUUUUGGCUUCUAUUCACAUCAACGGCUCAGGAAACUCUCCUGAAGACUCGGCCCUGCGCUCGCCUCCACUGUCUGCACGGACAAUUGGUCCUGUCCCCUCGUCCGCCCCAUACAUGAUGACUGCACACCCCCCACUGCUGGACGGUGUGAGCGUGCACAGGAGCUCGCCGCAGACUCCGAGGAGAGACAUCGGCAUCGCCAUCACACACAGGUUUUCUACGAAGUCGUGGCUCUCUCAGACGUGUCAGGUGUGUCGAAGGAGCAUGAUGUUUGGGGUCAAAUGCAAACACUGCAAGUUAAAGUGUCACAACAAAUGUACCAAAGACGCUCCCUCGUGUCGGAUCUCAUUCCUCACAAUGCCGAGGAUGCGGAGAGCAGAAUCGGUUCCAUCAGACAUUAAUAAUCGAAUUGAUCACUCAGCAGUGAUGCCGGUGCAGUUUGGGACUUUACCGAAAGCAAUCACAAAGAGGGAGCCCCCUCCCAGUUUAAACCAGUUGGACUCCAGCAGUAACCCGUCCUCAGCCACCUCCUCCACCCCCUCCUCCCCCGCACACUUCCAACAGAGUAACUCCCCCAGCGUGAGCGCCACCCCCCCUCCCCAUUCGUCACCGCAGGGCUGCCGUGACGACAGCUUUCAUUUCCCAGAUGUUCCUGCUUCUUUACAUCCAGCUGUUCCACACGUCGGCAGUUGCUACGAGCCGGGAGGGUCACAGGAGGUCAUCACCGAGAGUCAGCUCACCACAGCAGAUAGAGGAGGGGAGAACGCUGAGGAGGAGGACUCAGCCAAUAAGAACAGCAGAACAAAGAGCGUCUCUCCUGAGGAGGGGGACGAGGACGGGCUAGAGGAUCUGCCUCCUUCAUCGAUAUGUCGCCGUGGGGCCGUCGGCCGCUGUAGGGGUCCGAUCUCCCGCAAGGCGAGUCAGACCAGCGUGUACCUGCAGGAGUGGGACAUCCCGUACGAGCAGCUGCAGCUGGGGGAGCUCAUCGGACAGGGUCGCUGGGGGAAGGUACACAAAGGACGCUGGCACGGCGAGGUGGCGAUCCGCCUGCUGGAGAUCGAUGGGAACAACCAGGAUCACCUGAAAGUUUUCAAGAAGGAGGUGAUGAACUACAGGCAGACCAGACACGAGAACGUGGUGCUGUUCAUGGGUGCCUGCAUGGCCCCGCCUCAUCUCGCCAUCAUCACAAGCUUCUGUAAAGGUCUGACGCUGUACACUGUCGUAAGAGAGAGAGGUCACAUGCUGGACAUCAACAAAAUCCGACAGAUCGCACAAGACAUCGUAAAGGGGAUGGGAUACCUGCACGCCAAAGACAUCGUUCACAAAGACCUGAAGUCCAAGAACAUUUUCUACGACACCAACAAGGUGGUGAUCACGGACUUUGGCCUGUUCGGGAUGUCGGGAGUGGUUCAGGAGGGCCGGAGGAAGAACGUCGUGCGGAUACCUCGCGGCUGGAUCUCGUACCUCGCUCCAGAGGUCGUUCAAAACAUGCGUCCAGAGGAGGGCGAGGAUCAGCUGCCGUUCUCCAAAGCUGCAGACAUUUAUGCCUUUGGUACGAUCUGGUAUGAGCUGCAGGUAGGGGACUGGCCAAUCACUGACCUGCCUGUGGAGGCUAAAAUCUGGUUGGCGGGCAGCGGGGAAGGCAUUAAGAAGGUUCUAGCAGACGCCAAUCUGGGGAAAGAGGUCACGGACAUCCUCUCGGCCUGCUGGUCCUCCGAGGCCGACGGCAGGCCGACGUUCACUCUGCUGGCCGACAUGCUGGAGAAACUCCCCAAACUGAACCGCAGGCUGUCUCACCCCGGACACUUCUGGAAGACUACAGAGCUGUGGGAUCAUCAUCAUCAUCACUGUCUGAGAGACCACCAGGGCCUUCAUGCACACUGUCCUUACAUGUACAAAUACUGCAGCUGAGAGCCGCACGGCGUCUUCAUACUUCAUUAUUAAACUGGAGCAGCUUCUUAGUACCUGAUGUGAUCUGGUUCUGCUUUCCCCAGCGGCUCCAGGUUCAGUGUAGACCUGAGUACCAGGUAGAAACCAGACCUCUCUCAUUUAGUCUAACUUCAAGUAUUCACAACACUUCCAUCAAUCAGACAUUAAUAAACGAUCAAAGAGUUUAGGAGAACAAAGGGCUGGAGUGUUUGAUCACAGGUACGUGUGCGUGUGUGUCUGUGUGUGUGUGUGUGUGUGUGUGUGUGUGUGUGUGUGUGUGUGUGUGUGUGUGAGAGUGUGUGUGUCUGUGUGUGUGUGAGUGUGUGUGUUUGGGUACAUCUACACACUGAAUGUAAAGGGCUGCAGAGCUGCACAUUGUAUUUAAAUUUCUCUGUUUCAGGUUUCUCUCCUUGGUAAAGGGUACUUCAUGUUUCUGAAACUCUGUGCAGACUCGUUGGUGGACUGAUUAUGGGGGGAGGUGUGUGUUAUUUUGUUGAGUAUUUUUGUACAUAGCGUGUGGAUACUUUUUAAGAUUCUGGUCUGAACAGCUGGAGAUAAUAAAGUUUAUCUUCUGAA